UGGUACCAUUCGCUGACGGAACGACGCAAAUUCAACAUAUUCUUGAUCAGCGUAACGGCGAGCUUCGUAGUAAGUUCCUUACAUUUGCUGGACUGCUUUAUGUACGUGGCCGAAGCGUACACCAGAAAUGGCACCACAAUCUAUGAGUUGCGAGCUGCGGAUUUUGUUUUCUCUACGCAGUACAUCGUAUACGAGGUCUUUGUCGAUCUGAUGCUGCCAGUAGCUUCGAUUUCUCUUAUGAUAGCCUUUAACGGCUUUUUCUACUACAAGAUCAAAAGCAGACAUACGUCAUGGAGAAUUCGAUUCAACGCCGGCAACAAGGUCAAUUCUGAGGUUGUAGUCGAGAAAACUUUCUCGUGUUCCCAACACUCUACCCCGAGCUCCAAAAUAAACCUCUUGGUGGCGAUAGUUGCCGUCAUACUUGUCGCUGAACAGGUUUCCAGAAUCAUGAGGGGCUUCAAUCUCUUCAUCCUGAUCGAUGAUGAGCUGUUGGAAAAACAGCCCUUAAGCGAAGAGGGCCAACGAGAAAUAAGGAAGAUUACUUACUUCGCCAUUUCAUCUGCUAUUAAUACAAUAAAAAUGUGCGUUACAUCAGAUGUGUACCAUCUGUGCCAAACAUUAAACACCCAUGCGAAAGUUGGAUCUGCGACGUUGUUCAAAUUGAUUAUAGUGAAGCGGCUGAAAAUUUUCCCGAUUGUCCAUUCAUCUGUAUGUACCACAUUUUACUUUCUCUGCGACGAAUAA